GGAGGGGGGCUGUUUUUACGUCUGGUUGCGUAGGAAAGAUCAUGGCGGCUGCAGACUGAGCUCCCUGUACUAAAGCCCGGGAGGGAAAGCAGUCACUGAGCCAAGGGGAUACACUCCAAUGGCCAGCUUGAGAAACAGAGCGCGCCAGACUCAAGAAUCGUAUAUACAAAUGGAUUAUUUGAAAGUGUAACAGGAACCACCUGCUCAGCUGUCCGCGUUCCACUGUCAUACUCUCCCAAGGCUGUGUGUUGGAGUCAGUCCAAAGAGUUCCCCUUCACCAGUUGCUUGGCUCUUGGAAUCAUGAGAAAACCUGGUCACUUAAGGGCGGCAGACUGGAAAGAUGGGAGGAGACAUGUCAGACCUGCUGGUACGCAUACUAUUCAAGGGCACUUCAGCUGGGAGAAAUACCUGAAGGAGACGGGAUCUCAGCCGGCCCCAACACACUGCUUCAAACAGUCUGGUUCUCCGCCCUCCAAUGAUUACAAGAUUGGAAUGAAGCUGGAGGCUCAGGACCCUAGGAACACAACCUCCACUUGCAUUGCCUCUGUGGUGGGCCUCACGGGAGCUCGGCUGAGACUGCGCCUUGAUGGAAGUGAUAACAAAAAUGACUUCUGGAGACUGGUGGAUUCAUCAGAGAUUCAGCCCAUUGGCACUUGUGAAAAGAGUGGGGGCAUGUUACAGCCUCCGUUGGGUUUUAGGCUUAAUGCCUCCUCGUGGCCAAUGUUCCUCCUGAAGACUUUAAAUGGGGCUGAAAUGGCACCUGCUAAAAUAUUCCACAAGGAGCCGCCUGCACCAGCCCAGAACCAUUUUGAGGUAGGGAUGAAACUGGAAGCUGUGGACAGGAAAAAUCCACAUUUUAUUUGCCCAGCUACCAUUGGGGAAGUAAGGGGUGGCGAAAUUCUUGUGACCUUCGAUGGCUGGAGAGGAGCAUUCGAUUACUGGUGUCGCUAUGACUCCCGGGACAUCUUUCCUGUAGGAUGGUGUUCCUUGACUGGGGACAACUUGCAGCCUCCAGGAACUAAAGUGGUUAUUCCAAAAAGCCCGGCUCCAGCUGCAGGUUUGGCCUCCGGUAUUUUGAGAGGUCCCAGAAGCUUAGUUUCAGGGGUGCCUGGUCGAAAGCGUCGAAAGCCAGGACGGAAGAAGGGGCAAGUGCCAAAGGUUCUCGCCAAUCAGUUGACAGGGCAACCACCCAACCUUAACGAUCCUUUCCGUUUCCCUAAGAAGAGGGGUCCCAAACCAGGAAGCAAGAGGAAGCCUCGUGUUUUGCUGAACCAGGUUCCUACUUCUCCGACAAAUAGUACACCGGAACCAGACACCAGCACUGUACCACAGGAUGCUGCCACCAUUCCAUGUGCUGCCAUGCAAGCACCUACAGUUUGCAUUUACCUAAACAAAAAUGGAGAUUCUGGCCCUCACCUUGACCGAAAGAAAGUUCAGCACCUUCCAGACCACUUUGGACCUGCUCGGGCAUCUGUUGUUCUCCAGCAAGCUGUACAGGCCUGCAUAGACUGCGCAUACCACCAGAAAACAGUCUUUGGCUUUCUCAAGCAGGGUCAUGGUGGGGAGAUUAUAUCUGCGGUAUUUGAGAGGGAACAACAUACACUGAACCUUCCAGCGGUAAACAGUAUUGGUUAUGUACUUCGUUUUCUGGAGAAACUUUGUCGGAAUCUUCAUAGUGACAACCUGUUUGGUAACCAGCCCUUUACCCAGAAUCCUACACAGCAAUCAGGGUCAUAUGAGAAUGAGCGAUAUCUGCCAGAAAGGUGUAACUCCGAAGGCAGUAUUCAUGGACCAGGAAGAGGCGCAAAGAGAUAUUCUCAUGAAACCCCUCCAUACAAUGCCCCACUGUGUCCCAAAAUACCAAAGAAUGACUGCCAUGCAUCAGAAGGAGAAACAUUCCUACAGGAUGCUGGCCUUCCGGGAUCUGUGGAACAGCGUUUGGGUCCAGGAGACUCUCCCAAUAGUCCAAACACAUGUAGAAUCUCCAGGGAAUACCGAUCUCCAGCAUACAGAAGCCACCACCAACCUAGCAGUCUCUCACAGGGAAGUGUGCGUAGGCUUAGUUCAGGUGAGUCAGAGAGGUACACAAGCAGCCGACAAGGGCCUCGAGACCCUUCCCAGUGGAACAUGGAAGAUGUAAUGCAGUUUAUCAGAGAAGCUGAUCCACAGCUGGGAUCCCAUGCUGAGCUCUUCCGUAAACAUGAAAUAGAUGGAAAAGCCUUGCUCCUUCUAAGAAGUGAUGUCAUGAUGAAGUACAUGGGGCUGAAGUUGGGUCCUGCUCUAAAGCUGUCUAACCACAUAGAUAAAUUAAAGCAGGGAAAGUUCUGACCAUGAAAAGGAGCCAGUUAUCUCUCACUAAAUGGUCAUACAUUGGACUGCCUCAGCAACUUUUUGUAAAGUCACCUUUCAAGGAAUACGUCCCCAUUUUCUGGGGCGUUUCACACGUUGUUGACUUCUCAACCGAAAGAUUCACAGUUUCUGAGAUUCUCCUCCAGUUCGGUGAAUUUGUCCUUUUAAAUUUCACAAUCUUGGGAGAUGAAGACUUUACAUUUUUGGGCUGCCUGUUGGUUGCCCUUCUCCUUGGUUAAUCCAUACAAUACUUUUCUUAUUUUAUAUAGCACUGGCAGUGCACACAGUGCUGUACAUAGUAGAAUAAAUGAGGCACAAUGAACUUUUGGCCUCAGAAGCUUUGAUUUUGAUGCUUUGUUAGGUUACUGAAAAUCCACUUUACGUCUUGUAUAUGAGUAAAAUGAAGGGGUCGCCAGUAUAUGUAUUAAUAAAUUCAGAUCCAAUCACACAGGCUUUGCUCACCGUUAAUUCAAUGUUUCCCGACUCUCUUGCUUAGGAUGCUAACAGUACGGUUUCCAGACUUUGAGGCGUUGUUGCACAGUGGACAGAUUCAUUUAAUUUUAACCUGAAUGAAAAACACUUCCCAUUGGCUACAGAUUGUCAUAAUCAGUCUCAAACCUUUUACCUGGGCUCUGAGAACUCUGUUUUUUUUUUUAUGUCUGAGGCACUUUUCAUAUGAUGGGUGACAAGAAAAGCACUACUGAAUGAACAGCCAGUUACCAAUAUGGAGGCAAUGAGCCGUAUGAGCAGAUUAUAGGCAAAACCAGUUAUAUGUGAUGAAUGCAUUUUGUAGUGGAUCUCUACGGUGGGCUGAAGAAAAGAAAAACUGAUGGUAAUAUAACGGUCUACAGAAAUAUUUCUUGCAUAAAAUACUUCAUAUUAGUAUUACACUAUCAAUGGCAGGUGGUUUUUGGUUGUACACUUAAUUUUGCCUACUAUCAACUAUAGUGGACUGUAAGGUCAAUAUUGUAAUAGUUUGAAUUAUCCUACAUAUAAAGUAGCUACUGAGAAGAGUGCAAACAAUCAACGCCAUUUAAAUAAAUGUUUAAAGAUA